AUGAGUAGUUUGUCCCAGCAGUUGAAGGCCAUUAGCGAGAAAAAUGCCUCGGUGGCCUUGGACAGAAAGACACGUUCCAAGAUCCACUCGCGGUCUCUUAUUUUCGACGCAAAAAUUGCUGCUGCUCAAGACUAUGACUACAUCUACCAAAUCGGAUGUGAAGGGUUGGCAGAGCUAUCUGAGAUCGACUCCCGUUUCCAGAAGUUUUCUGAGACCCUUUUCUCCGAAAGGAGUCUUACAUUUGACAGAAAUGUUCAAACCAAGGAAAUCAUGGCCCAUGUCAAUCUUAAUUUGGAAGCUUUCAUCAAUUUAAUCGCUCCUUUCUAUCACUUAAACCCUGCUCUCAAAGCCAUGGAGUGGUUGGUCAGAAGAUACCACGUGAACAUUCACAACGGCGAAUUGUUAUUGUUGUCGGUAUUGCCAUACCAUGCACAGCCAGUUUUCAGCCGUUUCAUGAAUGUGAUUCCUAAUACUUCUUGGCCUGCCAUUUUCUCCAGCAUUAUUGGCUACAAGGAGAUGUUGAAGCCUCCACCAGCGUCAUCUAUCUUGAAAUGUUUCCACAAUGAUCCCGAGCUCUUCAAGUUGUACUCGCAGUACUUAGUGGACCAGUUGAAAAACAAGACCAUCUACAAGGAGAUGUUGGUGUUCUAUUUGUCCAAUACCGUCCAAGUUUUGGCAUCGCAUGCUCGUGACACUGAAAUUCUCAACAGCAGAUACAUCCCAACGCUAUUGGAGACCUUUGAAGAGCUCUUCGCCGAGCACUCUUUCAAGUACCUGGCUACUUUGAAUGUCGAUGUAAAGUUAACUGCUUAUGCCAUUGUGUCUGUGUUGUGCUCGAUUGUUCCAUUAUCAGACGUAUUGGUGUUCUCUUUCACUUCCUCCAUCAUCAAUAGCACUUUGGCAUUUCUGUCUGCUCUUCGUAGACAGACUCUCAUUGUUUUGGGGCAAUUAUGGAACUACUACAACGAGAGUGGGGUUCCAGCCUCCAGAAACGUGUUUGCCGGCCUUCCCGUGAAUACAUUGUUGCAGGAUGAAUCUAUCUUGCACGUGUUGCUUGAUGAGAAAUACAACUUGAACAAAUUCUUGUUCUUCUACUUCGACAAUGGUAUCAACCAAGAUGACGCAGACGUCAUUCGUGUCUUGAAGUUAGUUGACGUUACCACAUCAGACUUUUUGUUCGAACUUGCUGCCUCCAAGCUUCUUGCUUUUGUUGCCUCCCCUGAAGGAGCCUCUGUCAGACCUGAGGCAGUGGGGCUUUUCGAGAAGUUGGUCAAAACCAAUAAACAAAAAGUCUUGGAAAUCCUUGAGUCUCAGUCUAAGACACUUGCUGAUUUGGAGGUGAUUCUCAUGCACACAUUCUCUGGAAAUGAUGUCUCUGAUGGUGCUUACGAAGCUGAUUUGGAAGAUAUUGAGGUUCCAGCAGCCACUGCAUCUUCCUCUGACGAGCUUUAUGCUCAAUGUAAGCCAAAGAAUUCGGAUUUCUUGAAUGUCGCAUCAUCAGAAGAGUUCAACAGCAUGUCUCUGGUUCUCUUAAACAGUAUCCGUAAAUUGGAUGCUCAAGAGCAGAUUGAUUCUGUUUUCUCUUUCUUGAAAGUUGUGUUCUCCGAAAACAUCGAGACCGCAGUGAGCUUUCUCUUGAGACUUGCAUUGACCCCAUUGGUUCCUACCCAAAUGAAGUUGGUUGCUUUGACAUGCAUCAAGGCCAAGCUUAAGGAGGCCGUCAUAGAGAAUAGCCAAAUCAACUACUACUUAUUAGUUCCUAUUUUGGUUCUCGGUUUGGCUGAUACCAACAAGUCUAUCAGAAGAGCUUUUGUCAAUUUGCUUUCUGACGUGAAAAACCAAAGUGCUGCGCUCAACGAAGGAAACCCUAAGAAGGUCAAAUGUGAUUUGUUCAUGGAGACACAAAUCUACGGUGAGACCGAGCCCGCCAAACGUUCUAUAGUGUCUCCACAGGCCGGUAAUGCCAUGUUGGAUGUUUUGUUCGAGGAGGCUUCGACACUUGAGGAUGUCAUCGUGGACGCCUCGAGAAUUCGAAUCCUCGUAUUCGAGACAUUGUUCAAGAGCACCAAAAGCGGAAAGAAAUUUGGAUCCUUGCUUUUGAAGACCUUCAUUCUCAACCAGUGGUCGCUUCCUUUCUGGCCUCUUCAGUUCAAAUUCAGAGUGUGGAACAUCAUUGCUGCUGAGAAUAUUGCAACCAAGGGCAGUGACGAUAGAUUCUUCUUUGUGGAUGACGUCAAGAAGUACUUUAUCAAGAGACAACAGUGGAUCGAAGAAGCUGCUACCUCGGGUAUUGAGUUCGGGGAGUUUGUCGAACUGCCUCUUGUUAAGAUGGUGGGUGGCCGUACCUCCAACGAAAAGAAGAUUGCCAAGGAGAUUGAAUGGUUAUUGACUGCUCUCAGCACCAGUGGAGGCAUUCAAGUGGCUUCGAACGAGAGAUUGAUUGAACUCUUCCCCACUAUUGCCUCCGACGAGGUGAAGUUGAGAAUCUGUAGCGAGUUGAUUGAGUUGGUUAUCAGAGAAGACGACGUGACCUUGGAAUUUGACCCAGUGGAGACUUUGCAAUCAUUUAACUUCUCCAAGCACUCCAUGGUGGCCUUGUUGGACACUGUCAACAUUGUUACCCAGGUUCCAGAACAAGGUGUCGCUAAAAGAAGAAGAAGAUCGUCAUCUUCCACUCAGAAGAACAUGGCCAGAGACGAUAUAAGCUCUAUGGCAUCGACUCACUUGAGAAAACUUUCCAUCAUCUUGGAUGUCUUGGAGAACCACUUGAGAAACAAGCCUUUGGAGCUUGCAGAUCCAGAGUUGUUGCAGGCAUUGUUCAAAAUCUUGACUGACUUGGACUACUUAGGUAACGACGGUAAGAUGCCCGUGUUGUAUGCCCAGGAGACUUUGGCCUCGUGUAUGUUGCUCAGCAUUGUCCAGAUGAAGUCUGCCACCUCCAAGAAGAAGUUGAAGUUCGACUCCAACUCUAUCAGAGCAGACUUGAUUGUCAACUCUAUUAGACUUUCGCAGUCCCCUCAGGUCCAGAACAGAUUAUUGCUUGUAAUUGCUGAGUUGGCGUCUUUGGCUCCAGAGAUCAUUUUGCAUUCUGUCAUGCCUAUAUUCACCUUCAUGGGUGCUCACACCAUCAGACAAGAUGAUGAAUUCUCCAGCUCUGCAUUGCAGCAGACGAUCUCCAAGGUUAUUCCUGCCAUCACGUCGGCUUCUGCCUCUGCUAGCCACGAGAUCGAAUUUUUGUUGACCAGUUUCAUCACUGCCUUCCAACAUAUCCCCAGACAUCGUCGUGUGAAGCUUUUCGUGUCUUUGAUCAGAACUUUGGGUUGCAACCAAUCUUUGCACACUAUCAUGUUCUUGAUCGGCCAGCAGUACGCUGCUAACGUAGCCAAGGGUAAGACAAUUGAGUGCAACUCGUUAUUAGACUUUGUGGCCGCCUUGUUGAAGAUCUUCACUGCUGACGAGUGCUUGGAGAGUAUUGCUAACUUCUACGAUUUGUGGGAUUUGAUUCCAGAUUCUGAAGUUGAUAAGGACUCCGAGCUCUACACUCAGUUGUCUUCCAGAUCCAUUUAUGGCACUGCUAUUGUCAACUUGACCGGUAAGGAAUUGGUACAGCGUAAGGCUGCCUUGUUGGAGUUCCUUAACAAGGUGCUUGGAUCUGACGAGGAAGCCUCUGCUGCAUCCAACUCUGUCUCUUUGAAGAUGAAGGUUUCUUUGGUGUUGUUUGAUGAACAAGUGGACGAUGAAGACAAACAGAAUGUUUUGCAGAGAUUCAACAAAGUCACAUCGUUUAUCUUGGGCUCGUUGGACACCUUUUCCAACUCGGAUUUCCAAAGUAAGGAAAUUGUUUCUGCUUUGUAUGACCUGCUCAAGGGUUUGUUGAAUUUGUUGCCAUUGAGCUACUACAUUAACUCGAUUGCCGAGUCCUUGAAGACUGCUGAUGAUGAUGUUUCUAUCAAGAUUGCCCGUAACUUUGCAAUUCUUGCUGGUUCUAAAUUCGAGACUGAGGUCAAUGCCAACAGUUUCGACGACAACAUCGAUUCCGUUGUUAUGGACGAGUUGUUGCCUAUCUUGGUUGAAGGUAUUGACAAGUACGAAAGUAUCGAGUUGGUUCAGGCUUACUUGGACACAUUUGCGACUAUUGUAAAUAAGAUGGGCUCUUCUUCUACUGAAUUAAGCUCUUCUACCAACGCUAAAUUCUUGGUGAACUCGUUGAAGGUUUUCACCUCUGAAAAGUGCUUAUUGAACGGCCAGACCGAGAUCUUGGUCUCUUCGCUCAAUGCCAUCACCAGCAUCAUCAAUAUUUUGGGAGUGAAGUCUAUUGGCUUCCUCCCUAAGAUUCUUCCACCAGCACUUACCAUUUUGGAGACCACCUUUGAGAAGCUGACUGAGGACUCUGAUGUUGAAUCCGAAGAUGAAGAUGAGGAGGAUGAGAGCAAGACUUUGAUUCAGGGUUCCAUCCUCAUGUUGUUCGCAUGCUUGAUCAAGAAGAUGCCAGUGUUCGUUCUCUCCAGCUUGAAGCAGAUCCUCAAGUCCGUCUUGUUGUGUGAUCGUAUUGACAAUGCUAUCAGAUCUAGCAUUUUGAACUUGGCAGUAGAACAUCUUGACAAAGCUCAGGUUUUGCAAGGUUUGUGCAAUUUGGCCUUGACCGAUGAUGUUUAUGCCCUUGACAGUGCAGCUGACUUGGGAUUGUACUUGAACUCCGUCAAGUCCACCAUUGACUCCAUCGACAAGAAGGGUGCCACCUCGCAGUCUUCCUUGUUCAUGAAGUGGUUGAUUAAAUCUUUCGGUUUCAGAACCGAGUAUGGUGAAGAGAAGUUCAGUGAUAACACUGUUCACAGCAUCGAAAGCUCUUUCCAUCAAUGUGGUCUUGCUUACGUCAUGAAAUUGAACGACAAGAGUUUCCGUCCAUUAUUUGCCAGUCUUGUGAGAUGGGCAGUCAGUGGUGAGGGAUCUGUCGUUGAGGCAUCUGAGGUUUCGAGAUUGGAGGCCUUCUUCAAGUUUUUCAACAAAUUGCAGGAUAACUUGAAGAGUAUCAUCACUUCGUACUUCUCGUACUUGCUUGACCCUACGAUUGCCAUUUUGAAGAGAUUUGAGUCUGGAGAUUUGAAGGAGACUAACUUGAGAAGAAUCGUCUUGCACGGCUUGGGAUCAUCCUUCAAGUAUGACCAGGAUGACUACUGGUCGCACCUGCUGAGAUUUGAGACUAUGGUGGCUCCCCUUUUGGGCCAAUUGGGCAACAUCGAGCCAUCUAUCGGUAAGCAUCUCGUCAAGACCAUCUCAUUCUUUGUUUCUAAUGUCUCUUCAGACGAGUACAACGACGCUUUGGUCAAAACUUUGGUGAGAUACAUUUCCAACGAGUAUGAGAACACUCUGAACACCAAGAUCUGGACAAUUAGAGUGUUGAAGGCUGUAUUCCAGAAGAUGGGAGAGCAAUGGUUGUCCUACUUGCCAACAUUCAUUCCAUACAUUGCGGAGUUGUUGGAGGAUGACGACGAGGAGGUUGAGAUGGAGGUAAGAAAGGAUUUGGUGAGAGUGAUCGAGAACAUCCUAGGAGAACCACUCGACAGAUAUCUUAAUUAG